UAGAGAACCAUUUUGGGUGAGCUAGAUCAGUAAACAAUCUAAAAGGACUAAUUGGAGAUUAACAUGAGCAAUCUGUGCUCUUCUGGUCUUUUGAUGAAGAACUCAACUGUAGCAUUUAUUGAGCUUUUGGAAGAUGGCCUCAACUCCAUCAGGAGAGUACAUGAGGUCCUCAUUGAAGGAGAUGUAGAUCCCAUUAGUGGGCAGUGCUCCAACUACAACUACAUCAGAAAGCAGAUUGUGCAGGCCAAGCAGAGCCUUGAGCGGUCAGAACAGGUGGCUAGUACAGGGCUGAAAUAUCUGGAUAACAACAUUGAGAUGCUUACACAAGAUGCAGGAAAACUUGAACGAGAGAUAAGCAACACAAAACAAACCUUAGACAAUCUGAAAACAAAACAGAAAUCUAAUAAAAAAUUACUGAGUGGCUCUAAAGGUGCUCUGAGACAGUCCAGAACAAAUCUGAGCUCAACAAGAGCCAGACUUCAGAGACAGGAAGUAAGGAAAGACAACGCUACGACUGUGAGGAAUGUUGGACUGGGAGUGACAUUAAUACCAAUAGUUGGAUGGGUUGUUGGUCCUGCCAUGAUGAUUGCUGGAGCAAUAGAUAUGUCCCAAGCUUCAGAUGCUAUUAGAGAGGCUGAAACAGAAGUGAGAGCACUUGAGAAUGAAGUGGAAAAAUACAAAAGUAAAGUGUUGGACUAUGAGGCUAAGAUUUUGCAGAAUGAGAGUGACAUCAAGCAAAAACAUUAUAAGGAAAAGCAGAUCCAUGAAGAGAUCCGGAAGGUGAAGCAACAGAGAGAGGCUGUAGCUGAGUUCCAGAUGAAAAUGAGAAGAGCUGUCUUCAUCCUGAGUGGUCUAAGUGGGAAGGCCAGAGUGGCUGAGAUUCAGACUCGCAAAUCCAUCCUCCAGGAACCAGUGAAGAAGGUGAUAGAGGAUCUGAUGAAGGCCGCAGAAGAAAUCACAGGGAAGCAGCUUGGCUUUGGUGCAUGCAGACCAAGACAGAUUCAUGCAAAUGAGGAAAAUCAAAAGCAGGAUGCACUGCUAUCUGUUUGUUUUUUAGUUUAUAAAUGUGGAUUAUAUUUUUUUUUUUGCAAGAAAUAUGUGAGGACACUUCUUUGACUUCAUUCCAACCAUACCUUUACUACUUAAUAGACAUUAUUUUGUUCUGAUUAUUUCAUGUAGUUUUUUUUUCAUAGGGUUUCCUCAUGAAAGGCUAAAUGAAAAUGAAAAAUGUCCUUCUGACACUUUUAGUUAACAGUUAAUAACAGUUGAGGAGCUGUUCAUUUUGAACAAGCCCAAUAAGCCAAAGAAUCCAGAUGUUCUAAAAUAGGAAAGAUUACUGCAUUCACUGAUGUAAUUCUUAAAUGAAAAAAACAGUGAAAGUGAAAAUUAUAAAUAAUCUAUUUAUAGCAAUCUGAACACCUGGAAUUCAUGGGACUGUGCAGACAUCUGGAUGAUGAAAAUGGAUGUGGUGCAAAAAAAUGUGUUGAUGAAGUGUUAAAAGGAACAAGUCAUUCUAUACAUAAUUGCUUUUUAUGAUUUGCUCUAAUAUUAGCUAUUUUGACAUAAAAGGAUCAGGAUCAGGAUUUUUUAGCAGCUGCAAUUAAAAAGUAUAUUAUAUCUGCAAUAACAGUCUUUGAUGACAACUGUUGUUUCUCUACAACAACUGUCAUCAAAGAUAGUAAUAUCUUAGUAAUAUCUGUGGUAUAUUUUAAAUAUGGAUUUUUUUUCCUCAUUGUCACUGUCCAAAAAACAUGCACCUCCAAAACAGUAACUUUACAGGGGAAGGUCAAAACAUUUUUAACUUUUAAUAUAAGAUGACAUAAAAAAGUUUUAUUUCAGGUGAUGUUGGAGUAUUUCUAUUGAUUUUUCAUGUAAUUUCACAUAAUUUAAAGGACAUCUGUUGGAUAAAAUGAUGUUUGAAUUAUAUAAGUGAAUUUCUGUUUUUGAUUUUUUUUAUUAUUAUUUUGUAUG